AGUCUAUAGUAUUCCUGCAAACACAUUAUUGUGUAUAGACCGCGAAACACACUGUGUAUAGACCGCUUGCUUUCGUUUAUUAGUGCUAAUUUGUGUCAUCUCACGGUGGUUGUUUGGACAUUGAAUGCUAUUAGUACACUCGCUUUUGCAUUCGAACUCGGCAAUCUUCUAAAACAACUACUCCAUAGUCCAAACUGAUUACUUUUUGACAUGCGGACCGACUCGAUUCUUAACAUAAAAAUAAUCAUCAUUAAUAGAUGUAAAUCGACGGACCGUCAUUCGUAGUCUUUCAAAAUAAAAAAUGUACUACUUAUUAAGAUUGGUCGGCUUCUUUUUUAUUUAUUUUGCUGACGGUUUUAUUUUGGACGGUUCGGGUAGCUCAUAUUCACAAUUUAGAAAGUGGGGCGGAGGCACAAAUGGUAGUUUAGAAUUCGAAUUUAAGACAGAACAACCCAACGGUCUGUUACUGUACACCGAUGACGGUGGUACUUACGAUUUUUUUGAAAUCAAAUUAGUUGAAGGAGCUUUAAGACUUAGAUACAAUUUGGGAGGAGGAGCUCAAAUAAUAACUGUAGGUAGAGAUUUAAACGAUGGACAUUGGCAUAAAGUCCAUGUACAAAGGCACGAAGACAGAACAAUACUCACCGUGGACGGGGUCUCGCAAAUGAGAACCUCCAGAGGGAAAGAAUUCAAUUUCGGUCGGUUUUCUACAAAUUCUGACGUAUUCGUGGGCGGUAUGCCAACGUGGUAUAAUACCAAAUUAACUUUAUUAGCAUUACCGAGCGUUAUUUUCGAACCUAGAUUCAUCGGGGCGGUCAGAAAUUUAAUUUAUCCAGAUUUGGAAGGGGGUAAUCCAAGACGACAAGAAACUAGACCUAAAGAUAAUAGGUGCGACGGUCCCUUGGUAGCAGGGAUCGAAGGGGUAUGUCUACCUCAGUCCAGGGUCCUUCGAGGAAAUAGCUCUAGUGACGCUUGUGAAACUCGAGAUCCUUGCCAACAUGGUGGUAUUUGCAUUUCAACUGACAGCGGCCCAAUUUGCGAAUGCCGGAAUCAUGAUUACGAAGGAGAAUAUUGUGAAAAGGAUAAAGCCCCAUCCGAAGCUGUUUUCCGUGGAACUGAAUUUCUCUCGUACGACUUAAGUCAGACUGGAGGUGAACCUAUUGUUAGUGCUCAAGAUUCCGUAACGUUCUACUUCAAAACGCGACAACCCAGUGGAUUACUAUUUUAUACCGGCGAUGGAAACGAUUAUUUGAACGUCGCUAUUAAAGAUGGAAUUCUAAGUUUAACGAUGGGGCUUUCGAACGGCAAACAGGAAAUGCAGAUCAAACCUAACAAAGUGCGUUUCGAUGACAAUCAAUGGCACAAAGUGAGCAUACACAGAAGAAUUCAAGAAAUAUCAGCCAUAACCGCUUUCUGCAGGUUAUCAGCGGUAAUAGACGGUGUUUAUGCUGAUCAUUCUCAUAUAGCGGGGAAAUUCACCAUGUUGUCCUCAAGUCGAUUAUACGUUGGUGGUAGCAUAAAUACUAGAGCGCUUCCUGGUGCCAGAGUUCAUAAUAACUUUGUUGGUUGUAUGAGAAAAGUAGAGUUCGUAGCCGACACAUUGAGGCUAAACCUUCUGGAAUUGGGCAGGUCGGGCAGCCAUCUCAUACAAGUAGUAGGAAGACUGGACUACAAAUGUCCGGAGGGCGAAACUCACGACCCUGUCACGUUCACCACCAAGGAAUCGCAUCUGAUACUGCCCCCAUGGAACGCGAAAAAGUCCGGCAAUAUUUCAUUCAAGUUUCGCACGAACGAAGCCAACGGAUUGAUACUUUUCAACGGGGGCAUACGACCGCCCAGGGUUGAUUUAUUUGCUAUUGAAAUCUACAACGGUCACAUUUACGUUCACAUUGAUCUCGGAUCCGGUCCGUCGAAGCAAAGAGGAUCGCGAAGAAGGAUUGACGAUGGAAAUUGGCACGAAUUUACUUUUAGACGGACCGGAAGGGAUUCUAGGAUAACGGUCGAUGGCCUCCACACCGACUUCAAGACCCUCGAAGGAUCAUCGAGUUUGGAGUUGGACGGGAAUAUGUAUGUUGGCGGCCUUGGACCACCUUUCUCCGAAAUUCCAAUUCCCGCUGGGCUCUGGACGGCGGUCCUUCAACAAGGAUUUGUAGGAUGUUUCAAGGACCUCAUUAUGAACAAUGAACCCGUGGACGUCGCAAGUUUUGCGAGAGAACAAGAUUCCGGAUCUAUCAGGACACUGUGUCACACGCAACCAGAACAAUGUCCUUCACAACCAUGCCUAAAUGGAGGUACUUGUACCGAGGGCUGGAACCGUUUCAUCUGUGAUUGUACAAAUACUCUCUUCAGCGGACCGACGUGUGGAAAAGAAGCCCCGACUCUUAGUUUCAACGGUAGCCAGCAUAUGGAAGUAACCAUGGAUAAUGAACAAAUUACGCAAACCGAAGACAUUGUUUUAAGAUUUAGAACUAGCAAGCCUCUCGGAUUGUUGCUGAUCACCUCGACCGUCGAGACCGGAGAUAGAAUCGAGUUGGCAGUAGCCGCCGGCAGGAUUCGCCUGGCACUAAGACUCGGGGUCAGAGAAAAGAAAAAAGAAGAUAGAGAAAAGGAUAAGAUCCUACUAGCUGGACAAAAUAUCAACGACAACGAAUUUCAUACAGUUCGAUUGUCUAGAAGAGGAUCAAAUUUAAAAUUACAACUCGACAACCAAUCUCCUGUGAGAGCUGAAAUUCAAGGUAAGCUUAUAGCUUUACAAUGGCGUACUAUACAUUUAGGAGGAUUAUAUCACCUCGAGGAAGAGAUUAGCAUGUCUACAACAGUUCCUAAUUUUAUUGGAGAUAUACAACAAUUUUACUUCAACAAUAUUCCUUACAUUGAACUAGCCAAGGCACUGAGCACCGAGCAAUCGAUAGCUGGGUUCCCAAACAUAAAGAUCGCCGCAAAAUUCGUAAAGCACGCCACUGAUAAUCUUCAUCGACCAGUCACUUUUAGAUCUAAACAUACUUUUAUCGGUCUACCUAUGCUCAGGGCCUAUUCCAGUAUACAUAUCGACUUUAUGUUUAAAACUAGAGAAGCCAACGGACUGAUUUUAUUCAACGGUGGAAAGAAAGACGAUUUUGUAGCUGUCGAAUUAGUAGAAGGGCAUAUCAGUUAUAUUGUCAACGUAGGAGAUGGCACUGUUACGCUACACGACACUCAUCGAAAUCAACUCAACGACAACCGUUGGCAUACAGUUGGUAUUCGACGCCCUUCAGUUAAACAACAUACUUUAAUGGUAGAUGAUGACGUGGUUAUAGCAGCGAAUCUCGGUACGGGAAAUUUGGAACUUGAAGGUAUUCUUUAUUUGGGCGGCGUAUAUAAAGACUUGUACCAAUUAUUGCCUCAAGACUUUAUCAAAUCAACGCACGGCUACGAAGGAUGUAUUGCCGGCUUAGAUCUCAACGGGGAAUCACCGCAUAUCGUCGAAGACGCCGUAGUGCAUAGUUCCCAAGUCGUAUCCGGAUGUGAAAGUCAGUCAGCAAAGUGUAGUCACAACGUGUGUGCCAAUGCCGGCGUAUGCGUUCAACAAUGGAAUUCCUACACAUGCGAUUGCGAUAUGACUUCCUUUACAGGACCAACUUGUUCGGAUGAAUCGGUUUCUUAUGAAUUCGGUCCUAAUAGAGGAAUCAUAAUUUACACAUAUCCAGAAGAUAAUAUGCCCGAAAUGCAAGAAGACACAAUAGCACUCGGAUUAAUAACAAAUAAAGCCGAUGCGGUUCUUCUCAGGAUCGUCAGUGGAACGUCCAAUGAUUAUAUAGAAAUGUAUAUUGUGGAAGGAAAUGUUUUUGUCGUUUACAACUUGGGAUCGAGUGAUCUUCUACUCGGAGAAAUAUCCGUAAGAGUUAACGAUAAUGCAUAUCACGUUGUUAGAUACCACAGACAAGGUCACAACGCAACUCUACAAGUGGACGACUACAAUGUACAAACUGUUCAUCCUCUAGGUCAUCAGCUGCAAGUAUUCAACACUCAAUCUCAGAUUCAAAUCGGAGGCAAAUGGACCAAAAAAGGAAGGAUAGAACGACCGUUUUCUGGAAAAAUUUCUGGCGUCGUUGUAAACGGAUUAAGAAUACUAGAUUUGGCUGCGGAAAAAGAUCUACACACAUCAAUUCGCGGAGACGUUCAAUUAACGCAAAUGGAUAAACACGAACAUCUUCAAAAAAUGCAGCAAACUCCCGCAUCUGGCUUUCCAGGUAUUGAGGACGAUCUCGUAUUUAGCGGAGCCGGAUCGGGUUGUAAUAACGGCGACGAUGAAGAUGAAUGCCCUCCUCUACCAGAAACCGGUUCAGGAGACGAUGAUCUAAUAACGCCAGUUUAUAAUCCACCGACACGACCGCCGCCUACUAAAAAACCCAAACCUAAACCAGAGGGAGCUGAAACAAAACCGUGCGACGACGAGGAUUGUUUCCCAGGUUCGGGAUCUGGAGAAGUUACGGAAGAAACGUCUAAGACUACACCCACAGAACCAACAGAUUCCAAUUUAACUACCGACAACUCGAGCAUCAAAACGACAACAGAACGAGAUACUUCAAUUACCGGUUAUACGACCGGAGGGUCUUGGUCGAAUCUAACGACUUCAUUCAAAACUACGGAAAUUUUAGAAACCACUACGGAACAUCCGACAACGAAAUACGAAACAACAGUUUCCACAACAACAACUACAACAGAACCACGUACUUAUCCAACGACGACGACGACGACGACGACAACUUCGACUACAGAACGUCAAAUACCGCCUCACGUGAUUAUACCUUCGCAAAUGGAAAAUCCUUUUAAUAAUCAUAAACCCGUACCUUCGAAGAAGCCUCAAAGGGUCAAUUCUGAGACAUCCGAAAUUGUAGCACUAAUAAUAGGUAUAAUAGCUGGCGCUCUAAUCGCCGUCAUCCUAAUCAUUCUCGUAAUAUUAAAAUUCAAAUCACGCAGUGACCGUUCUUACAAAGUCGAAGAAUCCAAAGGUUAUCAACAAGGACCUAAUGCUGCACUAUUGGGAAAUACCUCGAGCAGCAACGGUCAUCAUCAGGCGCAAUAUCAAAUCAACGGCGCUGUACGUAACGGCGAUAGAACUACACCGUCUGCACCGAUCAAAACAAAGAAACGCGACAGCAAAGAUAUCAAAGAAUGGUACGUGUAAAGUUGGUAUCAUUGACUCUGCGGCGACUGGUUUGAAUGCGAGUAUGACUCCGAGCCAAUAAUGAGCGAAUGCGUGCGUAACACAGAUAAUUCUUCGAUCGUCUAAAUCAGAGAAUGUGGUGGUGUUAUAGUCACAAUACUUUUCUUUUUUUUUCAAUUUUCGAAGCAAGAUUGGUGUGCUAUAAAAAUCUAUGAGAAAUAUAUUGGAAUUUUAAUAAUAAAUAAAGUAUUGUCGUUUAAAUGCGCUCAUUGUUAUACCGCUCUCACUCAUUAUGAAAUACACUUGUUUUGUAUUAAAAUUUUACUGUGUUAGGCCCUCUAAAAAUCCCAAUAUAUACUUAUCGAUCAUUUACUUAUACAUUCUAUCGAUGUUUCUAGAUAGUUCAACAAUUUUUAUAAUUUAUCACCUUCUAUUAAUUAAAUAGAAGGAAAAUAAAGCAUUGGGCGUUAAUAUAUCGUUUCUAUAGUACACCAAACCUUUCUUGAUAAUAUAUACGAUCUUUCAUAACUUUUUAUCCGUGUGGAUUUUAUCAAUUAAAAUUGUCACUAUGCUCAUUAAAUUAUUUUCUGUGGUAGAUUCGUAAAAUUAUAUUGAAAAAAGUUUUACUUAGUUAAACAGCCUAGAAAUAUUUCGAUUUUUCUUUUGUUGGCGAUAGUUUUUCCACUAAUCAAAUUUCAGUAAAUUAUAUAAUUUCCUUACUAAACUAACCGGUUUUUAUGGAGUAAAUAAAUUGGACAUGAAGAUUUAUUGGUAAUUCAUGGAUGCAUUGCGACUAAUUGUAUCUCAGAAACCGUAUGGAUCUCAAAAAAAGCUUGAAUUUGUCGUUUUUACUAGAAAAACCAGAUAUUAAAGUUCUUAUUUAUAGGGAUAAAUCUUUUUAACGGGUUUACAUUAAUUUUUUUUUUUUUUCUAAAAAUUCUUAAAAGAGGAUAACGACGACUAUAUUUGUAUGUAGAGGAGAUGAAGAAUGACCAUUAUUAAAGACUGAUGGUAUUCUUAAGCGUAGAGAAAUUUUUAUGUACUAAUAGUAAAAUGAAAUUUAAAGUUUCAAAUAUACAAUGAUUUUGAUACAAUUUUAGUUUUGCAAAUUGAGUAAAUUUGAAAACUUUUCGUGCUAAAAUUAUAAUUAUAUUAAAAGAAGCACUAAUAAAUGAACGUCUAUAAUAUAUUUAGUUUCAUUUUUCAAGUAUGUGGGCCUUAAUUUAUUGAGUAGGUAACGUGUUUAGAAUGGUAGGUAAUGCAAGAUAGACUUUCGUAACAAAUAUAAUAUCACAAGAGUCAUAUCAACUUUAUAUGUAUAAAUAUACCUCUUUAAAACAAAUAGUUCUUAUAUAAAUUGAUUUUUUAAAAGUAGAUGAGUAAAUGAUGACAAAAAAAUGGUCUGGUUAACAAUAACGAGAGCUCAAACAUAAUUUGAGAGUUUUUAAGUAUCUCUAUUUAGAAAAAUUGACACGUAUACGAAAAUUUACGAUUUGGCAAAAAACGCUCAAAAUAUGGUACUUAUAUAUUUGAUAUGUAAUUAAAUCAGUUGACAUAUUUUACAAAUUGAAGAAAAAUAUGUCAGACUCUCCCUAUUUACUAUUACUUUGAAUCUCAUGUCCAAUUAUAUGAUCUAAUAAAUUUUGAGUAGUUAAAAAAAAUAUUUUCGGUGACACAACAUAAAACAAUCUAUCAGAAAUCUUCAAAAUAAAAUCCUAAAUCGUUAAAAUCUAAAAUAGCAAUACCUAUUUCACCUUUGCCCCCCCCCCUCAACCCCUCUCUCUAAAUAGUUAUGCAUAAAAAUAUUUAUUUACAUUAGUUGUUACAUAUAUUUGUUGUGUAUAAAGAACAUUAUACGUAGUUAUAGCAUUUUGUAUUAUACUUUUUUGGAUUUUUGUUAGAGCUAUAAUAAAAUGGCGUAUAUUUGGAUGU